AGCCGGAGCGGGGGCCCAAGCGGGCACCGGAGCCGGAGCGCGAGCGGGCGCGGGGCCCGGAGCGGGGGUCCGCGUUGCGCUGCUGAGGCCGGGCCGGCCGCCCAGACGCUGCCCGCGGGCCCGGCCACGGCGGAGCCAAGCUGUGAGCCGUGAGCUUUGAGGCGGUGGGACGUGUCAGCAGAAUGUCUCCUGCCCCCGAGAGCGACCCCGAGGCCACUGGGAUGAGCACCGCGGCCUGGCUGGCCCGAACGCCUGCGUCUCAGUAGCUGGGAGCCACGGGCCCCCCGCCCACCGGCCGCGGUGAUGUUCUAGCCACAGAGGAGCCAAGACCUCAGGUUUCCAGAGACUUGGGAUUUGCACGGCAGCAGAGUCACCGUGGAGAGGCCAGGGUAUCACAAACUUAUGGAUUUUGACAAGAAAGGAGGGAAAGGGGAGACGGAGGAGGGCCGGAGAAUGUCCAAGGCCGGCGGGGGCCGGAGCAGCCACGGCAUCCGGAGCUCGGGGACCAGCUCGGGGGUCCUGAUGGUGGGCCCCAACUUCCGCGUCGGCAAGAAGAUCGGCUGCGGCAACUUCGGGGAGCUCCGCCUAGGAAAGAAUCUCUAUACAAAUGAAUACGUGGCUAUCAAAUUGGAGCCGAUCAAGUCCCGGGCCCCGCAGCUGCACCUGGAGUACCGGUUCUACAAGCAGCUCAGCGCCACAGAGGGCGUCCCUCAGGUCUACUACUUCGGUCCGUGCGGGAAGUACAACGCCAUGGUGCUGGAGCUGCUGGGGCCCAGCCUGGAGGACCUGUUCGACCUGUGCGACCGGACCUUCACGCUCAAGACGGUGCUGAUGAUCGCCAUCCAGCUGAUCACGCGCAUGGAGUAUGUGCACACCAAGAGCCUAAUCUACCGGGACGUGAAGCCCGAGAACUUCCUGGUGGGCCGCCCGGGGACCAAGCGGCAGCACGCCAUCCACAUCAUCGACUUCGGGCUGGCCAAGGAGUACAUCGACCCCGAGACCAAGAAGCACAUCCCAUACCGCGAGCACAAGAGCCUGACGGGCACGGCGCGCUACAUGAGCAUCAACACGCACCUGGGCAAGGAGCAGAGCCGCCGCGACGACCUGGAGGCGCUGGGCCACAUGUUCAUGUACUUCCUGCGCGGCAGCCUCCCCUGGCAGGGGCUCAAGGCCGACACGCUCAAGGAGCGGUACCAGAAGAUCGGGGACACCAAACGCGCCACGCCCAUCGAGGUGCUCUGCGAGAACUUCCCAGAGGAGAUGGCCACGUACCUGCGCUAUGUGCGGCGCCUGGACUUCUUCGAGAAGCCCGACUAUGACUACCUGCGGAAGCUCUUCACCGACCUCUUCGACCGCAGUGGCUUCGUGUUCGACUAUGAGUACGACUGGGCCGGGAAGCCCCUGCCGACCCCCAUCGGCACCGUCCACACCGACCUGCCCUCCCAGCCUCAGCUCCGGGACAAAGCCCAGCCGCACAGCAAAAACCAGGCGCUGAACUCCACCAACGGGGAGCUGAAUGCGGACGACCCUACGGCCGGCCACUCCAACGCCCCCAUCACAGCGCCUGCAGAGGUGGAGGUGGCCGAUGAAACCAAAUGCUGCUGUUUCUUCAAGAGGAGAAAGAGAAAAUCGCUGCAGCGACACAAGUGACCCUGGGCGCGUGCAGCCCCCUGAAUCUUCUCCGUGCAGCCCCUUGGGGCGCGACCUUGUGCAAGGCCCUCGGGGCCCACCCACAGCGGCCCAGGGCCAGACCCUGGCUGGAAGCCAGAAAGCAGACUGCAGGGGCCGCGCCUGGCUCAGGCGGCCCCACCCCCGGGACGUGGGGUCACUUCUUUCAUGUAAGACUUUGGCCGAAAUUUCUACACCUGUGUCUAGUUCUCCCCUCCAAGAGCAUUAACUAUUUAAAACAAGGAAAAGAGGAAAAAAAAACAGAGGCCUGCCCUACCCCACUCCUGCCCCUCCGUUUCUUUGCUGAAGUGAGUAGUGUGAUCCUGGAGGCCCCCCGGCCUGGCCCCGCCCCGCCAGCCGCCCCCGUUAGCGUCAUAAAGUCCAGCUUGUCUCCCUCGAUCCAAAGGCCGUUUUCUCGAGGGGAGGGCAGGCCCGGCCUGGAGGGGUGCUGUGGAGCUGUCUUGCCCAGGCCCUCCUGGGAGGGGGACAGGCAUUGCUGCCAGGGGUGAGGCCGUGCCCCAGGCCUCCCCGAAACCAAAGGGGAAGGCAGGGGUGGGGCCGUGGCUGAAGCCGGCUCCCCAACCAAAAUGCUGCACCAAAGCUCGGGCGCCGCGGGCACGGCCACUGCAUUCUCUUCCCAGCCUGGCCCUGGCAAGGGGCGGGUGGGCGCUGCCAGGCGGGUGCUUCUCGACGCACUUGCUCCCGGAGGCUGCGCCCCGGCGCCUGGAACCCGAGGUGGGAGGACCGGCUGGUGUCACCCUGCUCGGCCCUGGGCCCUGCUGCGUGGGGCGCGUGGGCACGGAGCUUCCUGCCUCUCUGCUCCGACACCCGGCAAGCAGCCGGAGACAAAACGCCUUAAAGCCCCCGGCCCAGCCCUGCAGGUGUAUUGCAGGGGCCUGGGGGCGGUCCUGGACUGGCGGGCGGUUCCCCAGUGGGGUGCCCUGGAGGCUGCCGGGCAGAGUGGAGCAGCUUGGGGCCGUGCCCAGGGCGGUGUUUGUGAGUCUAGUUUUUGCUUUACCAAGUGUACAGAAAUGGCAUUUACGUUUCUCUGAUGCUCCCUUGAAGCCAUAGAAUUUAGGGGCUUUUUUAAAAAAAUAAAAGAAAAAUGAAACCAAA